AUGAACAAAUCUUUUAGAGAUUUACAAACUAAAUUUCGUCUGACGAGCAUCAAUAUAAAUUCAAUGAUAGUCGUCAAUGUGUACCUGGUGGCUUGUGUGGCUGCCGUCCAUGCAGCCCCAGAGACCCGAAUCGUGGAUGGAGUGAAAGCUGACAAGGGUGAGUGGCCUUGGCAGCUGGCGUUGUACAUUGGGACCCUAUUCAACUGUGGUGGGUCAAUUUUGGGGCCAACGUGGGGGGUGACUGCAGCCUACUGUGUUGGAGGAGCCCCGAAUUCAUACCAAAUGAUUGCAGGGACGAACUUAAACAGAAUUAGCUGCGGACCAUCUGAAUGCUUCAUUAGAGUUCUCGCCAAUGCCACAAGGCACCCGAAUUACACGGCCAUUGGACAGCGAGGUCACCCGAACGACCUAGCAUACAUCGCCUGGGAAUCACCGAUACCUGAAUUCAGUGGUGACGUGAAUGUGAAGUAUGCCAUGAGGGCCACCACUGACGACCAGAUCGGCAAGAACUGCUACGUCACCGGCUGGGGCCGACUGUCCGGUUACGGGCCAUUGCCAAUUGACCUUUACGAAGCAAAGGUGGGUGUGAUUUCGAAGGAGCAGUGCAGGAAAUAUUGGGGUGAUAAAGUUUCAGACAGUCAAAUAUGCGUUCAGGAUUUGAAAGACUUCACGUCUGGCCCAUGCACCAGUGAUAAUGGAGGACCCUUGGUUUGCGAAGUUGCACCGAAAAUUUGGGAAUUAGUUGGAGUAGCCUCAUGGGGGGCUGCAAAAUGCAACGCUUCCUACCCAUUUGUUUAUACCAGAAUGACGUCAUUCAAUAACUGGCUCGAUGGUCAGGUUAAACCGAAAUAUUAA